UAUGCCACGUGCAGCGUACAUGACCAGAGUUGCAUCCUCAUUCCAAUUUCCAUUUAUCUUUCAAUGCGAAAGGAAGUACUAGACGGAGUCAGUCAACUCGAAAACAAAGCCAUUGACCUAGACUCACAGCUAAUUAAAUAACCUCUUGCCCACUUCAAACCACAUAAAUUGCGAUUCUCCAAUUUUAAUUCACAUGCUUUCUCGUCUACUCUCUGCCAAACACGUACAGUACUCACUCACUCUGUCCCUGCAAAACAAAAGGCACGCUUGCACAAAGCAACGCCGGCCGGACUUGGAGAUAAUUAAACGAGGAAUAACGAGGAAUUAAGUACAUCACGGUGAUGACGAUAAUAGGUGGUUCCGUGUGGGCUUUGAUGACCAGCUGGUUCACGCCGACUUCUCUGUUCCUCUUCGUCAACCUCGCCAUCCUAAUCAUCCUCCUCACCUCCCGCAAAAAGCCAGUGGGGCCACACCAACAUUAUCAUCAUCAGCAGCAGCAGCAGCAUCAACUCGCACGAGUCCCCUCGCUUUUGGACCGAGUCAAGUCCUUCAACUUGUCCCUUUACAAAUUCGAAUUCGACCAACCAACAACUCAUCACUUCAACCAACACGUCACAACAACAACAACAACAACAACGGAACGCCCCGCCGGCGGGUAUGAACAACAGCCGUAUCCGGAUAAUCCGGCCCCGCUUGCCCGCAGUCCUUCUCUCCUCGACCGCCUCAAGUCCAUCAACUUGACCUCUCUCUACAGAUCAUCAGAACACGAACAUCCCAACCCACAAACCGAAAUUCUUGAUUCUCCAGAGAGACCCGACCACGAAAUGGUGCUCAUGAAGCCCAGGCCCAACCAAAGUUCGGAGUCGGAUCAUGACCAUUUGGUCAGGAGGAGCAAAUCGGACUCGGAUAGCCGGGCCACAAGCAGCGGCCAGCCAGAGAAGAUGAAGAAGUCGGCCAGCGAGAGAGAGGGCUUGGAAGGAUUUGUCAAAGAGGACGAGAUCUUGGAGCGUCCGGUUCCGGCUGCGACGAGGUUGGAGAAGUGGAGCGACGAAAGCAGAGUGAGCGAGACGAGGUCGUCUGGGGACGAGGAAGGGGUGGAUGCAAAAGCCGACGACUUUAUCAACAGGUUUAAGCAGCAGUUGAGGUUGCAGAGGCUGGACUCUCUCAAGCGUUUCUCAGAGAUUCUCAAGGGAAAGCAAUGUUAAUUAAAAGAGCUUUCUUUUAGGUGAUGUUUUUUGUUAUUAUUAUUUCUAAUCGGAAAGUUGGUGAGGUUAUUUUUCAGUCUUUUUAAAUUAAACUAGUUCCGGAGAGCUGGAGCUAGGGAGUAUCAUCAUCAUCAUCAUCUGCAUUGGUAUUUUGGGAAAUUUGGUUGUUGAUAUUGGCUAUGACUGGUGAUUACUGGAGGAGGUUGGUGUUGCUGUUUAGUCAGCGGUCUGUACACUGAUCCACAUGACUGUAGAGUAGGGUUUGAGAAGCAGAGAAGGAAAGGAUACAAUGACCAUAAUGUCCUUUUGCUAUUUCCGUGAGACUUUUUGAUAAACUGGAUGGUUAUCCUCCUGUCCUUGCCGCUGCUUUGGAUUCUUUUGGUUGUUUCAACAUUUUCCACAGAGUCACUGUGUGGCCUCUACCUGAUUUUAUUAUUAUUAUUAUUAUUAUUAUUAUUUUUAA